UUGGCAUUUGUCAGGAUGUUUCGGACCCAUCGCUCUCUGCUCUUUCAGAACCUUCCCUCUCUUUCUGAGUGAGGUGGAACAAUAGGUGUCAUUGUUGCAGAUGUGGCCAGGUCGAAGAGGAUCAAGGGAGAAAACACCAUUCGGGGGAAGAGAGUGAGGACACCAGUGGACAGCUCAUCUUCUAGACAAAUUUAUGCACGUGCAAAUAUUGAAUAUUUAACGUUUUUGCAGAGAGAUUAAGUUGGGACCUGGAACAGCUUUUUUUGGGAUGUAGAGAAGUCGCCAUUGGGUUUUUGGAGCGCUCUGGAGGACUUUUAGUGGAUAUGUUUUUCUUGGCGGUUCCUGGAUUGUGGUCAUAACUUGGAACUGGAAUGUGUCCCGUUUUGCUGCAACGCUGCUGACGCUGUGGAUUCUGCCGGAGCUGUUUAACAGACAACUUUGUUUGGACAGUUGGCGCGACUAUGAAUCCACGCUAGGCAUAAGUCUGUGGGAUGUGUUGAAUGGCGUACUAACACUUUGCAGUUUUUUUUUGUUUAUUUUUCCCUUGUUAAAACAUUUCCCUCAUGACUUCUGAGCCUUGUCCUCUGACGGGAGCAGAGAGCGCCAUGUGUAGACUGGUGCAUUGUGGGCCGCGGCCUCAGUCCAUGCUGCGGCCUUUGCAGUUGGAGCUGCAAUUGUACGUGGAUAAAACUCGAACCAGGCAGAAACACAGGUACUGGAUGGAGGCCUCUUGCCUGGAGUUGGCCUUGGAGGGAGAACGGCUCUGCAAGGCCGGCGACUUCAAAGGAGGGACGGCAUUUUUUGAGGCGGCCGUGCAGGUCGGCACAGAAGACCUGAAAACCCUCAGUGCCAUCUACAGCCAGCUGGGCAACGCCUACUUCUACCUCAAGGAAUACGGCAAAGCCCUGGAAUACCACAAGCACGACCUCACCUUGGCCAGAACUAUAGGAGACAGAAUCGGUGAAGGAAAAGCUAGCGGUAACCUUGGUAACACCUUGAAAGUGUUGGGGCGCUUCGACGAGGCUGCUGUUUGCUGCCAAAGACAUCUGGACAUUUCUCAAGAGCAGGGGGACAAGGUUGGAGAGGCCAGAGCGCUGUAUAACGUGGGGAACGUGUUCCACGCGAAGGGGAAGCAGCAGUUGUGGGGCUGCACGCAGGAACCGGGGGACCUGCCCGCCGAUGUCCGAGAAACGCUACAAAGAGCUACCGGCUUUUACGAGAUGAACUUGUGUUUGGUGAAAGAGCUGGGUGACCGGGCGGCUCAGGGCCGGGCCUACGGGAACCUGGGGAACACCCACUACCUGCUGGGGAACUUUGUAGAAGCGAUCAAGUUUCACCGUCAGAGACUAUCCAUUGCCAAAGAAUUCGGGGACAAAGCAGCUGAACGGCGAGCUUACAGUAACCUUGGCAACGCCUUGAUAUUCCUGGGACAGUUCAACACUGCGACGGAGUAUUACAGAAAAACUCUGCAGCUGUCCCGGCAGCUGAGGGAUAAGGUGAUGGAGGCUCAGGCCUGUUACAGCCUGGGAAACACCUACACCCUCCUGCAGCAGUACGAGAGGGCCAUAGACUACCACCUGAAACAUCUGUACAUCGCACAAGAGCUCACCGACAGGGUUGGCGAGGGCCGCGCCUGCUGGAGUUUGGGAAACGCAUACGUGUCUUUGGGGAAUCACAAACAAGCUCUGCACUACGCACGGAAGCACCUGGACAUCUCCAGAGAAAUUGGAGACAGAAAUGGGGAAUUGACGGCCAGAAUGAAUGUAGAGCAGCUGAUGGAGGCGUUGGGAGUCAGUGAAGGGGAUCUUUCCCCCUCCAGCUCCGAGUUUGAGAUGCAAGGAGCAAGACCAAAAAUCACCAAGAGAAACAGCAUGGACAGCGUGGAACUGUGGAAGUACUCUUUAGAAAAGAACGGAGACAACGAAAACCUGGAAGCGAUACCGAGGAGAUCCAAGAGCCACAUGUCGCAGUCUGGCAAAAGGAAAGGCUGCUCUGACAGUCAGUCAUCGGACGAACGGCCCUGGUUGGACUCUCCUCUGGACACCGACGACAUCACCGUCCAAGUCCCGCCUCCGGUGCCCAAGCUGGGCCGUGACCCCUCCGAUGAAGACUGCUUCUUUGACCUCCUGAGCAAGUUCCAGAGCAGCCGCAUGGAUGACCAGCGCUGCCAUCUAGAUGAGCCACAGAACGGGGACAACGGAGAAGCCGCUGCAAGCCUGAACGACAUGAUCGAUCCUGCACUUACCACUUCUCCCCAGACGGAGGAGCUGUUUGAUUUGAUCGCCAGCUCUCAGAGUCGUCGCCUCGACGACCAGCGUGUCAACGUCGGGAGCCUCCCGGGCCUGAGGAUCACGCACAACAACCUGGGACAUUUGGUCGGCGAGGGAGAUAAUCCAGAGCCCAGCGACGACUUCUUCAACAUGCUCAUGAAGUGCCAGUCCUCGAGGAUCGAUGACCAGCGCUGCUCCCCGCCAGAAGCCGGGCCUCACGCCCCGACGGUGCCGGACGAGGACUUCUUCAGCCUGAUCCAGAGGGUGCAGGCCAAGCGCAUGGACGAGCAGCGCGUCCAGCUGCCCGACGACGACCAGGACGGCCCCGGCUCCCCCGACGAGGAGCCGCCCGGGGGCUUCCCCAGCUAAGACCUGGAGAAUAGUACUGUGCAACUCACGUCAAAGAAAUGGGAGGGGGAAAAAAGGAGAAUAAGAAUCAACAGAAAAAGCAAGAUGAGCGUUAAAAGACAGCACUAAUGGGUGAACUAACACGAUUUUCAAUUAUAAGACAAAAUUCUAUGUGCAAUAGGUGGUGCCCUGUUAAAUGUUGCUUCGUUUUAUAGAUGUACUAAAUGUUUGUAAAUAUAAAAAGAGAAGACAAGCAAGACUGAAGCGCAGACGUGGCAAGGAAGAAGAAAAUAAAGAGCAUUAAGUACCGUAUAGUGCAAGGGUCGGCAACCCGCGGCUCUAGAGCCGCAUGCGGCUCUUAAGCGCCGCCCUAGCGGCUCCUGGAGCUUUUU